AUGGCAGCGAGACUGUUCCGGAAGAGAUUCGAGGACGCAGAAGCGCUCUUCGACAGCGGCGAUAUAGCUGGCUGCAUAUUGGCAGCUCAGCGUAACAUAACCGCUAUGGAUAACUGGGACGAUGGCAAUGACUGGAGGCUUGCUGCGGAGAGUACCUUCAGUAAUGUGUCACGACGAGCCAGGGAGAUUAACGAUACAAACUCGCUCGCCGCCUUACAAGAUCUCCGUGAGGAGCUUGACUGGUUGGCUAGGCAACGAGACGAAUAUCUCCAGGAAUACAAGGCAUGGAUGCUUGAACAAGAGGGAGAGGACGAUGACGGCGAGACGGACUCAGAAGCAGAUGGAGUUGAGCUAGACGACAGCGAGAAUGAGGCGGAGAUGGAAGCCGAGGGCAUUAAGUCAGGCGAGGGCAACGCGCGUGUGGAUGUUGGGGACACUCGACUUCUUCCGAUCCGCGGACACCAAGCUCCCACGGCAAGCCUCGUAGUUAAUCGAGAGGACGAGCGUUCUUCCAGCAUUCUUGCAGCGACCGCCUUCCUUUUCGAAUGCCAGUCGUACAUACCGGAGCAUAUGCAAGGUCAGUAUACGCAGGCGGUCCUGGAACUUCAGGAAGCCGCCAUGGGCAGCAUCAACAGCAUGUCUUCCACAGCUUCCGCAGCUUAA